AUGGAGCUGCAGCGGCGAGCGAUGGCUCAGACCCACCGGUUCCUGCUCCUCUUCCAUGCCGCCGUCCUGGCCGGGCUCGCCUCCGCCUCCGCGUCGCCCUCCGUGUCCGUGUCUGACAGCGUAUUCCAGGCCAGCACCGGAUCGACAUCGACGGGGAGGAGGAGCUUGCUGCAGACCAAGAGGGACUGCCCUAUGAGCUUCGAGACCCAGAACUACACGAUCCUCACAAACAAGUGCAAAGGGCCACAAUACCCUCCUACUAAAUGUUGUGAAGCUUUCAAGGAAUUUGCAUGCCCAUUUGCCGCGUACAUCAACAACCAGAGCACUAACUGUGCAGACACAAUGUUAACCUACAUCAACGUCCAUGGCUCGUACCCGGCAGCCCUAUUCGCCGACGAGUGCCUCAAAGGCAAGGAAGGGGUUUCUUGCGAAGGCAUCCCAGAGAUAGGCACCGGCGUGCCAAGUGGUGGGCGACGAGCUCAAGGGAGUUCGCCACAUCCUUUGGUCGCUCUCUUGUGUGGAAUAGGAGCAUUGCUGUUCCAUUGA